ACCCGCUCCAUGUCUCUUUCUGAUCGUUUAGUUUCCAACAACUGAACUCAGGGAGCUGGCCGAUUUUGACAUUGCCCUCACCAACAUGGCGCCCUGAGUCUGAAAUCCUGUAUUUGUCGCUAAAAAACGUCAUCAUACAUUAAGGCACCAGCGGCUGCAGUUCUCUCUUGUUAACAACGGGGUGAUUAACGCUGUCCAAAUUGCAACUUUUGGUAAAGCGAGUUCACAGUAGUAUCGCAAACAUUAUGAAACGGGCGUUUAUCAGCCUUGUGAACAAGGUCCUGCUCUAUCAACCCUUUUCCCAGAAAAUGAGCUGUACAAGUGUCCCAUUGAACCCGAAGCAACGCCGGAAAAUGGUGGUAGGGCUGGGUAACCCUGGCAUGGGCAGCACGCGGCACAGCGUGGGGAUGGCAGUGCUGGGGGCACUGGCUGGCAGGCUGGGUGUGGCGGAGCACUGGCGAUUUGACAGGCAGGUGUCGGGGGAGCUGGUCCUCAAACCCCGUCUUCUCAUGAACAUCAAUGGAGCCAGCGUGGCCAAGGCAGCUGAGAAAUUUAAAAUUAUGCCAGAAGACAUUUAUCUGGUUCAUGAUGAGCUUGACAAGCCUCUUGGGAAAUUCGCAAUGAAACAAGGAGGCAGUGCGAGGGGUCACAAUGGAGUUCGUUCCUGUGUGGACUGCUUGAAAACUGACGUGAUGCCGCGCAUGAGGAUCGGUAUUGGCAGGCCUGUGAGGAAGGUGUCGGUGGAGUGCCACGUCUUGGGCAGAUUCUCCAGAGAGGAGCAGGAGCUAGUGAGAGCGGUGCUGGAGCAGAGUACAGAGCUGCUACUCCAACACGUCACAGCCUGCAGCAGCAAGGGGACAGGGGCGCAAGGCAUGACACUACCACAAGGGGGCAGGGUCACUGUUAAGACAUGACA